ACAAAAUGUUUGGAAUGAUUGUCUAUAUAAAAAUUUUGAUAGUUUAAUAACUGAAUCUACAUUUUCCUGUCAGUUUAUAAUCCAUCUUGUUGACUUUUUAAGGGAUAAUACAACUCAUAUUUUUCAAACUGCUUG